CGUCGCCAUGGGUGGGCGGGAUUUCCGAUUGUGUUCAGCGGACGGUUCUCCUAGUUGCGUCAGAGGGAGGGGAGCGUGUUGGUGCUGGGGCUAUGGCCUGGGCUGUGCCCUCGUUGCCCACCGACAAGUCUCGGUUCGUUUGUAUCUACCCAGCCUACAUAAAUAAUAAGAAGACAAUAGCUGAAGGAAGAAGAAUACCUCUUGACAAAGCUGUUGAAAAUCCCACAUCUACCGAAAUCCAAGAUGUAUGUGCAGCGGUUGGACUUAAUGUUCUUUUGGAGAAAAACAAAAUGUAUCCUAGAGAAUGGAACCGUGAUGCUCAGUAUAGGGGUAGAGUGCGGAUUCAGCUGAAGCAAGAAGAUGGCAGUCCCUGUUUUCCUCAGUUUCCAACACGUAAGUCAGUGAUGCUUUAUGCAGCAGAAACAAUCCCCAAGCUGAAAACAAGGACACAAAAAACGGGCAGCAGCGACCAAAGUCUACAGCAAGGAGAAGGUGGCAAAAAAGGCAAAGGGAAAAAGAAGAAAUGAGUGGCUGGCACUAAAGUAAUUGCAUGGAUGUGGGCAAAAUGACUAAGGGAGUCUCUGACCUGGAAGUGAAACAAGCCAGCAAGAACUGUUGAAACUUCUUUGUAGACACUGACUGAACUGGAAUGGAUUUAAUUUGCAUAUUGUAUAAGCCAGAUCACCAACUUUUUCAACCCACAGAGUACUGGAAGUGAGCAUUUUCUGUAUUUUUAUUAAAAACAAAACAAAUACAUGAUUUAAAA